AGUCGAAAAACUGCGAUAGAAGCUUAAGUCGUCCUUCAAAAAAAAACUUCAUUUGUUAACCUCACUUUUUACAAGUUUGCUCAUUUCUUUAACUCAUCGAGCCGAGUAUAUUAAUAUCUUUUCAUUUAAAGCGGAUGGUUAAUAGCUUUACAAUAUUGUAUUAAUUAAGUUAUGUCCUUCCUUACAUUCAUAGGAGGACUUGCUGAUUUUUAUGUAAGCUCAGUUAAGGAUUAAUUUGCAAUCAUUUUUACAGAAUAUGUAAAAGAAAAAUCCUGAUAGUAAGUUGAUAGUAAAAAGUAAAAUGUUGUAAAAUAAAAAUAUUGUAGCAAUUUAAAUGAUAUUUUAAAUAACAAAGAAAUAAAGGUUGACCCACAGGCAUAUAUUAAAUAAAGGGAAGUAUUAGAAAUAAAACCUAUGCAACCACAGAUUGAAUCUGGAGCAGAAUUGCUCACAAGGCUAAAUGAAAAACCGAGCUUACAUGGGCUCGAAGAUACUUUGUUCUCUGAAGGUCCUCAAAACACAGAUAUUAUAGAAAUUAGUGGAGAACGGUCAUCUGGUAAGACGUUUCUUUUAUCUCAAAUGCUUGCAAGAUGUAUCUUACCAAAUAAUUAUGCAAUCAAAGGCUGCAAUGCUUCAGCUAUUUUAAUAAAUACUGAUCAUCAUUUUCAAACUUCAAAAUUGGUUGAAUUGAUGAGCAGUAUCAUAAAUACAGCCAAUAUAUCAUUUUCUGAAGCAAUUGAUACAGAGUUUGAUAAGACAACUAUUAUUAAAGAUUCUUUGCGCAACUUGCAUAUCAUUGAUUGUUAUAACAAUGAACAAUUUUCUUUAACAUUACGUACACUGGAUGACAUAUUCCUUGAUAACACCAAAAUUGCACUUCUUGCUAUUGAUAGCAUAACAGCGUAUUAUUGGCAAGACUGUGAAGAUAAUAUUACUACAAUUGAUACAUAUAUAAAGAAAUUGUUAAAAAUUAUCAAACUACAAACAACUCGAUUUAAUGUAGCAACUAUAUAUACCAAAUUAUGUGAAAGCAUACAUAACAAAAGAAAAUGUCUUACAAAUAAUAUAGAUUAUAAAAUACAAUUGUGCAAGGUGUGUAAUUCGACAAAUUUUAUAUGUACAUUAGAAACAAUACAAAUUAUUAGGAAAAUACAUUAUUCCAUUUUAUCCAAUGGUAUAAAAUGGAAGAUAGAUGAAAGAGAAGGGUGA